AUGGUUAAUACGAGAUCAACAGAAUUUAAGAAAGAAAUGGAUAAGUCCGGACCCCCAGAAUGGUUUUUACAAAUGAAAGCAGAUGAAGAGAAACGUAGGCAAGAAGAAAAUAUAGAGGAAGAGAAGCGUAGACAAGAAGAGAAAGAGGACAAGGAGAAGCGUAGACAAGAAGAGAAAGAGGACAAGGAGAAGCGUAGGGAGGCGAAGGAGAAGCUUAGACAAGAAGAGGAGGAGAGGCGUAGAAAAGCAGAGGUAGAAAUGAUAAAUAGUUUAACACAAAUUCAUGAAAAUUUUCAAUUAGAGGUAAGCCAACUUAAUAAUAGAAUAGACACAUUAGAUGAAAAACAAAACUCUUUAGACAAUAAAAUACAGCAGCAACAAAAUUCUUUAGUUAAUUUAGAGCAACAACAAAACGAUUUGAAAUCUAAUUUAGAAAGACAAAUAGUUGAGUUACAAACCAAAAUUAAUACCCAAGCUUCAUUAUCACAUAUUUCAGUAACUAAUAUCGACUCUGAACAAACAGCCCCUUCAUCUUCGAUAGUGUAUCCAGGUACCGUCAGAACGAGCAAAAUCUUAAAACCACCGACAUUUGAUGGCCAAACAGCAUGGGAAACUUAUCGUUUUCAAUUCGAAGCUGCAGCUAGAGCAAAUGGCUGGAAUGAGAACGAAAUGGCAGCUUCCUUGGUGGUGUCGCUUCGAGGUCAGGCAGCGACCGUUUUGCAAUUUCUUCCCCAGGAUGCACCCAAUUAUACCUCUCUCGUACAAGCUUUAGAGACAAGGUAUGGCCAGCAACAUCUGAAGCAGGUUUUUCAAAGUCAGCUGAAAGUUCGAUAUCAAAAACAUAAUGAGAGCCUGCAAGAAUUUGAAGCCGAUAUUAAAAUAUUAUUACAUUUGGCAUAUCCUCAGGCACCAAGAGAUUUUCUGAACAAAUCGGUAUACAGGCUUUCAUAG